GACAUUUGUUUACUUCUUCAUCCAUCGCAACACUGCAACCAUUGACGCAGCACAGCUUGUCGCCAGGCUCGCCCACAACACGGUUGGUUGGCUCAAUGCCAGCAUCGCUGAACGACGCCUUGCUAUAGUUGUACAGGUCGUCGAGCGCGACCCCAUUCGCCAUGGCGUCUACACCCAUGGACUUGGACGGCCCUGAAUCGUCGCCAGCGAACGGCACCCCCUCAACCUCACUCAACAUAACCCGAACCCUGGGCAACAACCUGCCAAGCACCUCCACGGUCACGGAUGUGAUAUCCGGCUUCAGGCCAACAAAGCUAUUCAGGCGCGAUGACAUUAAGGAUGGCCGCCCGCAGCCGUAUAUUCUCAGUCUUGACUACGAUGAUCCUGGCGAGCUUCUCAUGACUUCGGAGAGCGACGAUACGAUUCAGAUUUACAAAGUCCGUGAGGGCCGGCACGAGAAGCAGCUACUAAGCAAAAAGUACGGAGUCAAACUCGCCAAGUUCACACACAACAGCUCGAGCGUAGUAUAUGCCAGUACAAAAGUCAAUGAUGCGAUACGGUACUUGACGACACACGACAACGCCUUUAUAAGAUAUUUUGAAGGCCACGAAGCAGCCGUGACUUCCUUGGCUAUGCACCCGGGACACGACGACUUCAUAUCUUGUAGCAAGGACAACACCGUCCGGUUGUGGAACGCCAGCACCAAGAAUGCGACGGGAAUACUGAACCUCAACACACCAUACCUGUCGGCCUGGGACCCGAGCGGCCAGGUCUUUGCGAUAGGCUCCCCCAACAGCGGCCAGAUUCUGCUCUACGACCAUAGAAACUUUGACAGGGCACCGUUUAACACGUUCGACAUUGGCGAGACAUGCGCCUUCGCAGAUGCGGCCUAUGUCUUGAAGGGUUGGACAAAGCUGGAGUUCUCCAAUGACGGCAAGAACCUCCUUCUGGGCACCAAGGGAAAUGGCCACUUCUUGAUCGACGCAUUUGAGGGUACCUUGCGAGCAUACCUGCACAAACCGAAUGGUGGCACUCGGAGACUAGCAGCGGGCGAGGAGUCGGGCGUUAAUGGAGCCUCGGCCGGAAGCUCGAGCAAUGUUGAGGGCAGUGGCGACUGCGGCUUCAGUCCAGAUGGCCGAUAUGUUGUUGGUGGAGGGGCGAACAACAAGCUACUCAUCUGGGACACGCUUGGUCAGGUGGACGAGGACAAGACUUUGGAGCCUGUCCAUAUUAUCGAUAGCGAACGGCCGGCAUCUGUGGUCGCCUUCAGUCCACGCUUCAACUUCCUUGCAACUGCGGAUCAGGAAGUCGUUUUCUGGCUGCCCGACCCCCAUGCGUAGAUCUCGGGGUGACGGACGAUUAGCGGAGAAGAUCUUCAGCUAAUGCGGAAUUAUGACCUGUUCACGCCAUGGAGACUUGAACUCCCCAUAGAGCCAUCCAGCAUCAUUCACAGGCACAGAGGCGGCGCCAAGAAUGGCGAGCUCAUGGCCAAUUCCGCCUUACAAUUAGAGCGGUCGCAAGGAAUCCAGAUCAACUA